AUGGAUAAAAAUCGCAUGAAAAAUGUCUUGGAAGUACAAGAAAAAGAAGAGAAGAAAAAAUGGAAAGAGAUAAAACUGCUGAAGAAGUUGGAGAAGGAGAGAGCCCGAGCGCUGAUGGAGAAAGAGAGAGAAGAAGCAAAGCCGAAGGAGGACAAAGGGCGGCACCACACAGUCAGCGUGGCUGUUCCUGGCUCGAUUCUAAGCAAUGCGCAGUCGCCUGAAUUGCGGACGUAUCUGGCCGGACAGAUCGCCCGCGCCUGCGUCAUCUUCUGCGUGGAUGAAAUCGUGGUCUUUGACGAUCAAGGAGAAAAUUCCAGGAGCAUCGAAGGCGAGUUCGAGGGGAUCAAGGGCAAAGGGCAGGCCUGCGUCCAGCUGGCCCGGAUCCUUCAGUACCUGGAGUGUCCCCAGUACCUAAGGAAGUCCUUCUUCCCCAAGCACCAGGACCUGCAGUUUGCUGGCCUCUUGAACCCUCUCGACAGUCCCCACCAUGUCCGAAUGGAUGAAGAGUCUGAAUACCGGGAAGGGGUGGUCCUGGACCGGCCCACCAGACCUGGCCGAGGGUCCUUUGUGAACUGCGGGAUGCGGAAGGAGGUCCAGAUAGAUAAGCAAUUGGAAGCUGGUCUUCGCGUCACGGUGCGUCUGGAUGAAAAGCAGAACCCAGAGAGCAAAACGCAGAAGGGUGUUGUUGUAUCGUCACAAAGUCCCCGCACCAUUUCUGGCCUUUACUGGGGCUACAACAUCCGAUUAGCUUCGUGUCUGAGCGCCAUCUUUGCUGAAUCCCCAUAUAAAGAUGGCUACGAUCUCUCCAUUGGGACCUCGGAGCGCGGAUCCUCCGUGGAUCAAGCCAGCCUACCUGCUUUCAGCCACGCUUUGAUCGUCUUUGGGGGUUUGCAAGGUCUUGAAACCGGAGUGGAGGCAGAUCCUCACCUGGAUGUCACUGACCCCAGUACCUUGUUCGAUUUGUAUUUGAACACCUGUCCGGGGCAAGGAAGUCGCACCAUCCGGACGGAGGAAGCCCUCCUGGUCUCUCUCUCGGCACUGAGACCCAAGAUGGACGCAGCGGCUAAGGAAGGACGAAGUGGGAGCCGAGUUCCAGAUGUGAAUCGGCCCCCAGUAGCCAAAUGAGAAGGAGCAGAAGCAAAGGUGCUUUUCUUACCGGCUCGGAUAAUCCUUUGGUGGGGAACCAAUGCAUGCACCAAUUGGGGCACCCUGGGAGCCAAGAUGGCGACGCCCAUGAAUCUCUGGGGCUUAAGACGGACCAUAGGACAAACUUCUUCAACUUGGCAAGGGGUGGACUUCAACUCCCAGAAUUCUGCAGCUCCUUAAGGGCCCCCUUUGAAAACAGGAGGGGCCUUGCCUGCAUUUGCUCCAUGUUGGCAUUUUUAAAGUUAUUUAUAUAACGAUGGACAGACCUGCGACCGUCUCGCUCGAACCAAAAACUGCAAUUGAUGCUGAAUGAGGAGAUGCUGUUUCAUCGCCUCUGCUGGAGAAAAAAAAAAUCUGUUUUUAAAGCAUGUGCUUGGCAGAAAUAAAUGGAAGAAGGGGGUUG